UCCGGCCAGCUCAGCAGCCGCCUUCCGCUCCGCCGCCACCAGCGCCGCUACCAGCGGAGCCGCCGCGCCGCGCCCCGCCAACAGCAAGGCCCCGACCGCGAGCGGGGAGACGGCUGCGAGGAGGAGCGGGAAGAAGCCGGAGAGGCGCCGCCGCCAUGCUGAGCGUGUUUCGCUCCAUCCCCACGCAGAUGGACUACAAGGGCCAAAAAUUAGCAGAACAGAUUUUUCAAGGGAUCAUUCUUGUCUCUGCAGUAAUUGGUUUCAUCUAUGGAUACAUCACUGAACAGUUUGGAUGGACUGUUUACAUUGUUAUGGCUGGAUUUGCAUUAUCAUGCUUGCUGACACUGCCUCCAUGGCCCAUGUACCGCCGCAAUCCCCUCAAGUGGCUGCCUGUCCAGGAGUCAGGCACAGAAGAGAAGAAGGCAGCAGAGAGGAAGCCAAAGAGACAUUCUAAAAGCUAAACAGUGUGGUUCUCCAUGCUGCUAUUUUGUUAAAUUUUGUUAAAUGKAUUUUCACUGCAAGAUAUUUCUUGGUUUAGUGUUUGGGUUUUUUUCUUAGUACUUUCUAYACAACCAUGAGUACAACCAAGUUCUGCAGGGAGCAUGAAGGCUUGAAAUUGGGUCUGGAGUUUCAGAAAAGUCACUGGGAACACAGGGAUGCUGGGAUUAACUUCAGAAGGCUACUGGAGGUCACAUCUUAAGUAUUUUAGUAAAUAGGAACUUAGUGAAUCAAAUGGUGUCUAGUUAAGCUCUUGCCAUAGCUUAGAAGAUAAUAAACAGCUGGACUUCUACUGAAAUAUUUCUAACCAUGUGUAAAAAAAACCUUUCGGUAGUGCCAGGUUGUAACAAAUACUGUGAAAUGGUACAUACCCCACAGCUCUGAAAAUAACUGUUCUAGGAUAGGAGACUGCAGAGUGGCAGGUUUUGUUUAAAAUAAAUUUCCCUGGGAAGAGCAAGUAACAUUUUGCCUCUGCAAAAUACAAUAGCUGUUGAAACAUUGUAACUUGAUCAUGUAAGGGUGUAAGAGGCUGCAGGAUCCAUAGGUAUGGUAUUUUUAACUACUGUGAUGUUAGUAACCUCCCUCACAGGUGCUAGAAGUUACAAUAUUUCAGCUACAGUCAGGARAAGAGACAGGAUGUUCAUUUAUAAUUUUAUUUUACAAAUUCAAUUCCCUUUAUUCUUUAAAAAACRUGCUUUUCCUSUAGGGAUGGUAYACAAAAUGCCUAGGUGGGUGUAGCRAGARACUCUGGAUKCAAACGAAGAAAAAUAAUGGUUUUAUCUUUUCCCRAAGUGGUUCUGGUCUUGGGCACCUUCAUUCCUAAAAGGAAUUAGUAUUUGUAAGGCAAAGGGAUUUCUCCAUCUGGGACCAUGGUAACCAUUCCUUUCAAACAGUUUCAGACUUACUUUAUCCAGUUACCAAAUGCUUUCCCCCACCUUGGUGGCUGCCUCAGCAACAAAACACAAGAACAAAGUCUCUCCUUACAAGUAGUACAGCGGCCACUCAGCACUUGGACUUGGCAAUUUACAGAACCUGAGGACCUUGAAUUCCACAAAAAUUAGUAAUUCUCUCUUCAUGCUAAAUUUUCAAAACUAUGUGAUAUAAUAGCAUAUAGUUUAUCACACCAGAGUCUUAGCAAGAGAUUUUGUUACUGUAUUUAGUAUGAGACCAUACCAAAAACCUUUCUCUAUGACAAAUUCAAACCAAAACCUAAUCCUUUUUGACGCUCCUUAGUAUACAAAAUGUUGUAUCCACCCCUAUUUUCAUCUAUGAAAAGCAACUUCUAAAARUUUCGUUAAGAUAAUAAAAAAGAAAGUUUCUCUUCUGAGAAAGUGAUAGCCUGGUUCACAUUUUAACGUGGAAAGUACUACUACAAACUCUUAACGCUUUCUGCUAGUUCACCUCCUUAUUCCAGCAAAGGAGAUCAAUGGAUAACUGUGCUUUGUAAAUUGGUCCAGUCUAUCAAAGGAGCUAGAAAACAGUUCUUUUCUCUAAGGAAAAGUUUCUGGUCAGAGCUUCACAUUUUCUUCAAGAAAUUUCAGGUGCCGAGCCUUCGCGCUGUAGCUCACGUACUUGGCUCCCAUGUGUUCCCGCAAMUGCAACUGUUUAGAACACACAAAACAAAACCGUUACAUCUACUGACA